AUGACUCGUCAACAAGAAGAACUUGACCAAAUAAAGUCGCAAAUUCAAGAACACUUAGUAACCUCAGGAAAUUAUGAUAUAAUAAACAAGCAGUUAAAACUACAGUUGUAUGAAUCGGGAUGGUUUGAUAAAGUUAGCCGUUUGGCUACUCGUGAAUUGCAGUCAAAUUCUGGGGAGGUGAAGUUUGACCAAUUAUUUGCUUUUGUUAAACCAAAGGCGGAAGAAAUGGUUCCAGCUAAGGUAAAGGAAGACAUUAUGGAUAGGAUUAAAGACUACUUAAAUGAUGCUGUACAAUAA